GAUCAAUCCAACCUAAUUAUUCGAUUCUCAAACAAUACACAAACAUGUCAAUGGACACUGAACACCGCCGCUACUCGGAAAUCUCCCAUGACGGCCGCCUCACCAUGAAAUUCAGCUUAAAAGUGGCCAACAAAAUCUUGCAACAAAGUCUCACAACCACCGCUAACGGUGGUCCUAAGAAUGUCGUAUGUUCUCCGAUCUCCAUCGACACGGUGCUUAACAUAAUAGCCCUUGGUGCAAAGGGUCGAACCCUAGACCAGUUGAUUGAGUUACUUGGGUACCAAGGUACCGAUAACUUUAAUGUCGUGGCGUCUAUAUUAGCCGACGUUCUCAAGGAACCAAAUGAUGGUGAUGGACUAGGAGUCUCUUUCGUUAAUGCUUUGUGGGUUAAUCGAUACUACACCUUAAACUCUUCGUUCCAAAAAGUUUUGAAGGAUUUGUACAAGGUUGAAGCUAAGGAGGUUGAUUUUGUGAAUCAGGUUGAUGAAGUGGUAAAAGAAGUAAACGUAUGGGCUGAAAAAGUCUCAAAAGGUUUUAUCAAAAAUCUCCUUUCAAAAGAUGCACUUUCUAAUGACAUAAUCUUGCUUUUGGUUAAUGCUUUAUACUUCAAAGGAACUUGGGUUGAGAAAUUCAAACAAGAGAAAACUAAAGAUCGAGACUUUUACUUGCUCAAUGGAAACAAAUUAAAGUUCGAGUUCCCUUCUUGAAAAUCAUUGGCGCACAUUAUGACUAUGGUACCUUUGAAGAAUGUCAAAUUCUUAGAAUGCUAUACGAAGAAGAAGUCUCGAAUAAGGGUGAAAUUAACGAAAAGGAGCUUUUCGAUGUACAUUUUCCUUCCAAAAACAAUGGACGGGUUGCCAAAUUUAUUGGAUAAAAUCAUUGAAAUGGAUUCAAACAUGUUCAAGGACAAAAUAAAUCUCACAUAUAAGCAAAUUAAAACACUUUUGAUACCUAAAUUCAAUUUUGAAUGUGAAUGUUCACUUGUUGAACC